UUAUUUUUGUUACACAAACCCCAUAGAAAGAGGAUGUAUAAGCUCUCUCAAUUUCUUCUCUGUAAAAGUAGAAAUAAUCCGCACAUAAAUCCAUCCAGCACAAAAACGGAAGGUUAUAGGGAUCGAAGUCAACUCAAAUGUAUUGGUUAUUAGGAAGCGACUUAACUGUGGACUCCGCCGCAUCGGAUUAUAAUCCCUAAAACCCUCGACGAUAUUAAGGAAAAGGAAGAAGCUGUUCUGUUCUGUUCUGCUACUGCACCCCAUAGAAUGGAAACUAGCGCUUCAAUGGAUGUUGAGGAACAACCACCUUCACCAACACCCAACAACCUUAAACGUUUCGGCAUUAAAAACGCUAUUCAAACCAACUUCGGCGACGACUACGUUUUCCAAAUUGUCCCAAAGGAUGAUUGGAGUUCAAUGGCGGUGUCAUUGUCAACGAACGCAGUGAAGCUGUAUUCACCAUUGGCGGGUCAAUACUUUGGAGAGUGCAACGGUCACUCUGCAACCAUCAACCAGAUUCUGUUUUCGGGUGCUUCCGAUCCCAAUGUUUUGAGCUCUUGUUCUUCUGAUGGAACUAUUAGAGCUUGGGACACAAGGACAUUUCAGCAGGUUUCUUCCAUCAAUGCCGGCUCGUCUCAAGAGGUCUUCAGCUUCUCUUAUGGAGGGCCUGGGGGAAAUUUAAUAGCUGCUGGCUGUAAAUCGCAGAUACUCUUCUGGGACUGGAGAAAUAAGAAGCAGAUUGCAUGCCUUGAAGAAUCUCAUGUGGAUGAUGUUACCCAGGUUCAUUUUGUCCCUGAUGAGCAAAGCAAGCUUAUUUCUGCUUCAGUAGAUGGGUUGAUCUGCACAUUUGAUACCUCUGGAAAUAUCAAUGAUGAUGAUCAUCUAGAAUCAGUGAUUAAUAUGGGGACUUCAAUCGCAAAGGUCGGGAUAUUUGGAGGGAGCAGUCCAAAGCUUUGGUGUUUGACGCAUAUUGAAACCUUAGGUAUAUGGGACUGGAAAGAUGGUAGAAAUGAAGUUAUCUUCUCGGAUGCUCGAACUCUAGCUUCUGAAAGUUGGAAUUUGGAUCAGAUAGACUAUUUUGUUGAUUGUCACUACUCAAGAGAAGCUGACAAAUUAUGGCUGAUUGGUGGCACCAAUGCUGGGACUUUGGGUUAUUUUCCUGUAAAUUACAGGGGAGUGGCAGCAGUUGGAGCUGCAGAAGCGAUUCUUGAAGGUGGCCAUACUGAUGUUGUUAGGAGUGUGUUACCAAUGUCAAGAAAUCACAGUGGAUUUGCUCCUAGUUCUUCUAACCAAGGUGUUUUUGGAUGGACUGGCGGCGAAGAUGGUCGGCUAUGCUGCUGGCUCUCUGAUGAUUCCCCCCAAAUAAAUCAAUCAUGGAUUUCAAGCUCAUUGAUUAUGAAAUCCGACAAGACUCGCAAGAAAAAUCGUCACCAACCCUACUAGCAACUGCUUCCCAAAGCUACUUGAAUUGUUCAAUACCAAAUUACCAACUAAGCUUUUCACUUUCCUUCCUUUUCU